ACUCUGGAUUAUUCUGCACGUACUCGUCGCCAGCGACGGACGUACCGCAUACCGUACUCCGUGCUCCGUGCUCCGAACUCACAGUUCUCCGCAUCCGUACUCUGAAUUCCGUAUUCGGUAUUUGGUAUUCGGUAUUCGGCAUUCAGUAUUUCGUGUUCAGCGUCAUCAGCUGCAGUUUCACGUACGCAGCUCGGCCGUGCAAGUGUGUCCGCAUAUCCGUGAGGCCAUCUCUCUCCCCUACCGCCUACCGCCCACCGCCCACCGGCCAUCGCCCACCAUCCCUUGAAAGCGGUGCGUGUCCGUAAUUGGCAGGUCUCAUUCCGGAGAACGUAGAACGCAGAGCCGCACCGUAACCCGCAGCCAGUAACCCGGAGACGUGCCAAGUGCCGGAGAUAAAUUAACUGGACGCGAACGCGCCUCAUUUGAAUGCCAAUCGAUUGACGGCUAGUUUGCCGAUGAUCCCGAUCCGUAGUGCGUGACCCGUACUUUCCUCGCAGGAUAACUGAAGACACGUACCACACGUGCGUGUGUGUUUGUGCGACGCGGACAACAAAAGGAUGCGGCCUUCAAAACGAGUGUCACGCCCCCUUGAAUCCUUGAAUCGAAACCGAGUGCAAUAACAAGUGAUAACAAGUGUGAAAAACAGAUAAGAAAACUUUCCCAGAAGCCAAAGGCCUUUAGAAGCCCCGCACAAACCUCGCAAUGUUGCCGUACCAGGCGGCCGUGGCCAUGGACUACGCCGGAUACCAGAGGCAGCCCACGCCAGGACACCCCGGGGGCCACAUGGCCACCAUGGGCUCCUUGGGCAUGCCGGCGGUGCCCUUCACCCACAGCUGGAUGGUUCCCACCCAGGACCUCUGCGCCAUGCCGCCCUACAACAAAAUGCCCGGACACCAGCAGCCGCCCGGACCCGGAAUGCACGCCCAGCAACAGCCCCUCGAGCCCGGCAUCCUGGAACUGCGCAAGGAGAAGUCGAGGGACGCGGCGAGAUCGCGUCGCGGGAAGGAGAACUACGAGUUCUACGAGCUGGCCAAGAUGCUCCCGCUGCCGGCAGCCAUCACCAGUCAGCUGGACAAGGCCUCCAUCAUAAGACUGACCAUCAGCUACCUGAAGCUGAGGGACUUCUCCGGACACGGCGAUCCGCCAUGGACUCGGGAGGCCUCCAGCAGCAGUAAGCUUAAAAGUGCCGCCAUUCGUCGCAGUCCCGCUGUUGAUUUGUUCGAGCAACAUCAGGGCACCCACAUACUGCAGUCUUUGGACGGAUUCGCCUUGGCUGUGGCGGCAGACGGACGAUUCCUGUACAUCUCCGAGACGGUGUCCAUCUACCUGGGCCUCUCGCAAGUGGAGAUGACGGGCAGCAGCAUCUUCGACUACAUCCACCAGGCGGACCACUCGGAGAUCGCCGAGCAGCUGGGCCUGAGCCUCACGAGCGGCGGCGGCGGCGGCGGAGGAGGCGGCAGCUCGAGCAGCGGCGGCGGAGGCGGCGGAGCGGGAGUGGGCAUGGCCUCGCCCACUUCCGGGGCCUCCGACGACGGCAGUGGAACUCACGGUACGAACAAUCCCGACGUCGCCGCCUCGAUGACCCAAGCCUCGACGAGUGGCUACAAGGGCUACGACCGGAGCUUCUGCAUCCGGAUGAAGUCCACGCUGACCAAACGCGGCUGUCACUUCAAGUCCUCCGGCUAUCGGGCCAGCGAUGCAACGAGCAAUUGCAACAACGGUAACAAUGCUAGUAACAAUGCUAAAAACGUUAAGAAUCCGGGCUCAAACUAUUCGGUGGUCCUGCUGCUGUGCAAGCUGCGUCCCCAGUACACCUUCUCCCACAGCCGCAAGUCGCAGCCGCCGCUCCUCGGAAUGGUGGCUCUGGCCAUCGCACUGCCUCCGCCGUCGGUCCACGAGAUCCGCUUGGAGUGCGACAUGUUCGUCACGCGGGUGAACUUUGACCUCCGGGUGGCCCACUGCGAGCCAAGGGUGUCUGAUCUUCUGGAUUACUCGCCUGAGGAUCUGGUAAACAAAAGUUUGUACUCACUGUGCCACGCCGAAGAUGCGAAUCGCCUGCGGAAAAGCCACUCUGAUUUGAUCGAGAAGGGUCAGGUGCUGACGGGCUACUACCGACUGAUGAACAAGAGCGGAGGCUACACCUGGCUCCAGACCUGCGCCACCGUCGUCUGCAGCACCAAGAACGCGGACGAGCAGAACAUCAUCUGCGUGAACUACGUGAUCAGCAAUCGGGAGAACGAGAACAUGAUCCUGGACUGCUGCCAGCUGGAGCCCAGUCCGGACAGCAUAAAGCACGAGGAGGGCCUCGGGAACGACAAGAGCAGCGGAUCCCCGGGCGGAGACGCCAGCGGCGAGGGCAACUCGCACCUGAGCGCCGGCGACAUGAAGCUCAACUCGCCGAAGACCGACGCCGAGGGCCACUCGCACCGCGGAAGGGGACGCAGUGCAGCCGCCUCGCACGGCAGCAGCCUGGCCAGCCUCGCCCUCAUCAAGGACAGCCCCACGCCCCUCGGGGUGGAGAUUGACGCUGGGGUGCUGCCCACCACGGUGGCCACUCCCGUACCGGCGGCUACUCCGAAUGGGAGCGCCUCAGGCGGCGCAGGGCAGUCGGGCGGCAAGCGGAAGCGGAAGACCAAGGCCUCGCAGCAGGCGGAGGAGCACCUCCAGGAGCAGGCGAUGCCCGAGCAGCCGCUGCCCAAGCUGCCGGCCAUGGAGCAGCGGGAUCACCGGGAUCAGCAGCCCCGCAGCCGCCUGCCCUCCAUCGUGGACGAGCAGCCCUCCUCCUCGGCGGCGGACUCGGCGGUCAAGGACCUGGAGCAGGCCAUGUCCAAGCACCUGCCCUCGCCCGUCGCCGUCGUCUCGGUGGCUCCGCCCCACAACACUGACUUCAGCGCCGACUCGCUGCUCAAGCAGCAGCAGCAGCAGCAACAGCAGCAGCAGCAGCAGCAGAUGGACCCCAACGAGAAGGGCAGCACCAUCCAGUGGAUCGGCGGAUCGCCCUACCAGCAGCCGCCUGCUCCGAUGCCCGCCACCGCGCUCCUGCGGCAGCUGUACGCCAACCGGGAGAGCGUGAUCCGGGCCACCGCCCGCCAGACGCCCACGGGAGUGGGAGUGGGAGUGGGCGUGGGACCAGGGGUCUUCUACGGGGACCAGCAGACGGGGCCGCUGCCCACGCCGCCGGGGAGCGAGUCCUCGUACGAGAACCAAUACCUGCAGCUGCACUCGGCCGCCGCCGGAGGUCAUCCCGGCGGGCAGAAGGGCUCCGCGGACGCGUUCACCAAUUUAGUGUCCACCUACGGGGGCUACCACAGCUCCAUCGACUACCACAACGCCAUGACCCCGCCCAGCUCGGUCUCCCCGCGGGACUCCAACCAGCCGGGCAAGGCGGCGCCCGUGCUGGCCUCCAACGGGGGCUACGACUACGCCCCGGACCCUCUGCGCGGCCAGUACGCCACCAGUUCGGGAGAGGUGGUGCCGGCCACGCUGCCGCUGAAGCCGCAGGCCUCCUACACCGCCACGAUGCACCCUUCGGCGGGCAGCACCACCACCGAGGGCGGGGUCACCUACAGCAACCUCGACCAGCCGCAGUACUUCGCUCCGCACUCGAGCUUCCACCUCUACCACAAGGGCAGCCCGGCCAGCGGGUGGUACUCCACGCCCUCCUAGGUGGUGGACGACCAGGGGCAGGACCAGUACCACCACCACCACCACCAUCAGCAGGAGGGAGCAGUGGGAUGCAGUGGCGGCCAGGCGGCGGGGGAGCGGUGGGAUUUCGUGGGAGCGCUGGGCAAGGUGGCCAGGAUGUUCUUCAGCGCCAGGAAGGGGAAUCCGGGGUAGAGGGGGAAUGGCUCAACUGGAGGACAUUCCCCUCUGGCAAUCCUUAAGAUUUAGACUAGCGUAAGAGCAAAACUUAAAGCGUUAAAGAAAGCAUUCAAUGUUGUUAAAUAGUUCUUAAGUCUGUAAAUUAUGAAUCCACACACUCCGCACUCGGACACACUGAGACCCAAUGAAAUUAUAGGCAAAAAUACUCAAGA